UCCUCCGCAGGAUCUCGGUCGCAUCCCUCACUGUCGACCCCCCAAAUGGACGGUUCCAUCAUCCUCUACCCUUCACCCGGAAGAGGCCACCUUGCCUCCAUGGUGGAGCUCGCGAAGCACAUCCUUGGCCACCACCCUUCCUUCUCCGUCACCGUCCUGCUCCUCUCCACCCCACCUCCAGAUACCCACUUCGUCGCCGCCGUCUCCGCCACCCACCCUUCCAUCACCUUCCACCACGUCCCCGCCGUCUCCCUCCCCAACUCCGACGACCUCUCCUCCUCUCCCGCCAACUUCAUUCUCUCCACCUUUGAAAUCGUCCGCCUCCACAACCCGACGCUCCAGGAGACCCUCGUCUCUCUCUCCAAGUCCUCCGCUAUCAAAGCCUUCAUCAUCGACUUCUUCUGCAAUGCCGCCUUCGGCGUCUCGGCCUCCCUCAACAUCCCCACCUACUACUACUUCACCUCCGGUGCGAGUGGGUUGGCCUCGUUCCUCUACGUACCCGCUCUCCACAAGAAGUACCCCGAUAGCUUCAAAGACCUCAACGAGUCCAUUAUCAUGCCUGGCUUUCCUCCAGUCUCGCCCCGAGACAUGCCCAUGGCAAUCAGCAAUCGGAGCCUCAAGGUCUAUAGCUGUUUCUUUGAUACUGCUGUUCAGAUGGCUAAAUCUGCCGGUCUCAUCAUCAACACGUUCGACUCGUUCGAACCCAGCGCUCUCAAGGCUCUGAGGGAUGGCCUCUGCGUGCCGGACGGAGCCACUCCUCCGACAUACUGUGUCGGGCCACUGGUGGCUGCCGGCGGAGGAACCAAAGGAGGUGAAGAGAGGCACGAGUGCUUGGGCUGGCUUGACUUGCAGCCGAGCCGGAGCGUGCUGUUCCUGAGCUUCGGGAGCAUGGGAGUGUUCUCGGCGAGGCAGCUGAAGGAAAUAGCAAUAGGGUUGGAGAGGAGCGAAGUGCGGUUCUUGUGGGUGGUGCGGGUCCCGCCGCCUCACGACGAGGCUCGACACGGGUCAGCCGAGGUUGAGCCCGGCGUAGAGCCUUUCCUGCCCGAAGGGUUUGUGGACAGGACAAGAGGGAGAGGGAAGAUAGUGGAGUCUUGGGCCCCGCAGGUGGAGGUUCUGGGCCACGGCUCGGUGGGCGGGUUCGUGACGCAUUGCGGCUGGAACUCAGUGCUUGAGGCGGUGUGCGGAGGCCUGCCCAUGCUGGCCUGGCCGCUCUACGCGGAGCAGAGGUUGAAUAGGGCCUACUUGGUGGAGGAGAUGAAGCUGGCUCUCUCCGUGACCGAGUCGGAGGAAGAUGGGCUGGUCUCGGCGGACGAGCUGGAGGAGCGAGUCAAUGAGCUGAUGCGUUCAGAGAAAGGGAGGGCAAUAAAGGAUCGAGUCCUGCCCAUGCGCGACGCGGCAACCGCCGCGCUGAGCGAGGGUGGGUCGUCCCUAUCGACCCUAGCUGAGUUGAUCGGGUCGAUCAAAGCCGGGUCCAGCGAGGUGGAUGUUCCCGACCUGGUCACGAGCUCCACGGGUAUCGGCGGUGGUCUGGGCAGCGCUAGUGCAGUUAAAAUCUCCACCUGAAG